AUGGCCCUGUCAGUGGACUCCUCUUGGCACCGGUGGCAGCGGCGAGUCAGAGACCGCUUCCCCCAGUCUCCGUCCGAAGCCACGCCGCUGCUGCUCCCAGAGAAGGAGACGCCGAGCUGCAACCUUGCGCAGCAGCGGGUCGUGUUCCCCAACAAUAACGCGUUCCACCGGGACUGGGCGAAGUUCUCCAGGCAAUACUCCAGCAACAGAAUCUGCACAACCAAGUACACCCUCUUCACCUUCCUGCCCCAGAAUCUCCUGGAGCAGUUUCACAGAUGGGCUAACCUCUAUUUCCUGUUCCUGGUGAUUCUGAACUGGAUGCCCACCUUGGAAGUCUUCCACAGGGAAAUCACCAUGUUACCAUUGGCCAUUGUCCUGUUCAUCAUCAUGGUCAAGGAUGGCGUGGAGGACUUCAGGAGAUACCGCUUUGACAGACAGAUAAACUGCUCCAACAUCCAGAUAUAUGAAAGGAAAGAGCAGAGCUAUGUGCAGAAGUGCUGGAAGGAUGUGCGUGUGGGGGAUUUCAUCCAGAUGCAGUGCAACGAGAUCAUCCCAGCCGACGUACUCCUCCUCUUCUCCUCAGACCCCAGUGGGGUCUGCCAUCUGGAAACUGCCAACUUGGAUGGAGAGACCAACCUCAAACAGAGGCGGGUUGUGAAGGGCUUCUCACAGCAGGAGGUACAGUUCCAACCAGAACAUUUCUACAACACCAUCGUGUGUGAGAAGCCCAACAACCACCUCAACAAAUUUAAGGGUUAUAUGGAACAUCCCGAUCAGACCAGGACUGGCUUUGGCAGUGAGAGUCUUCUGCUUCGAGGCUGCACCAUCAGAAACACUGAAGUGGCUGUUGGCAUUGUCAUCUACACAGGCCAUGAGACGAAAGCCAUGCUGAACAACAGCGGCCCGCGGUACAAACGCAGCAAGAUCGAGCGGCGCAUGAACAGAGACAUCUUCUCCUGCAUCGGCAUCCUCUUCCUCAUGUGCCUCGUUGGAGCUGUAGGUCACAGCCUCUGGAAUGGAACCUUCACAGAACACCCUCCCUUUGAUGUGCCAGACGCCAAGGGCAACUACCUUCCCCUUGCCCUUGGGGGCUUUUACAUGUUCCUCACCAUGAUCAUCCUGCUCCAGAUACUGAUCCCAAUCUCCCUGUACGUGUCCAUUGAGCUGGUGAAGCUCGGGCAAGUCUUCUUCCUGCACAACGACUUUGACCUGUAUGACGAAGAGACUGACUGGUCCAUUCAGUGUCGAGCCCUCAACAUCACUGAGGACUUGGGUCAGAUCCAGUACAUCUUCUCCGACAAGACGGGAACGCUGACCGAGAACAAGAUGGUGUUCCGGCGUUGUACCAUCAUGGGCCACGAGUAUUCUCACCAAGAAAAUGCUAAGCGACUAGAGACCCCAAAGGAGCUGGACUCAGACAGUGAAGAGUGGACCCAAUACCGGUGUUUGUCCUUCCCAGCCCGAAGGGACCAGGGCCCAGUCACAGUGAGGGGCCAAGGAGGGUCCCAGCCUCUGAGGAGGAGCCAGAGUGCCCGUGUACCCAUCCAGAGCCACUCGCGACAAAGGUCUAUGGGGCGCUGUGAAAUCUCACAGCCUUCUGUGGCCUUCAGCAGCUCCAUAGAAAAAGACGUGACUCCAGAUAAAAAUCUCCUGUCCAAGGUGCAAGACGCAGCUCUGUGGCUGGAGACCCUGUCAGACGGCAGACCCCCCAAGCCUUCCCUUGCCACUGCCUCCUCCAUUGCUGACUUCUUCCUUGCCUUAACCAUCUGCAACUCCGUCAUGGUCUCCACGACUGCCGAGCCCCGGCAGAGGGUCACCAUGCCACCCUCGACCAAGGCUCUGGGGACAUCCCUGGAGAAGAUCCAGCAGCUCUUCCACAGGUUGAAGCUUUCAAGCCUCAGUCAGUCCUUCUCAUCCACUGCACCCUCCGACAUGGACCUAGGGGAGAGCUUGGGGGCCAACAUCCCCACCACGGACUCAGAAGAGAGAGAUGACGGGUCAGCGUGCAGCGGUGGCUAUUCCACUGACGGCGGCUACAAGAGCAGCACGUGGGAGCAGGGCGACGUCCUGGGGGCAGGGCCAGGGGCCUCCCUGGAGGAGGUGCUGCAGGCCCCAGCCCUCAGUCUGGCUGGUCCCGAGCUCUGUUAUGAGGCUGAGAGCCCUGAUGAGGCCGCCCUAGUGCAUGCUGCCCGUGCCUACAGCUUCACACUGGAGUCCCGGACACCCGAGCAAGUGACCGUGCGCUUGCCCCAGGGCACCUGCCUCACCUUCGAUGUCCUCUGUACCCUGGAGUUUGACUCUGUCAGGAAGAGGAUGUCUGUGGUCGUGAGGCACCCGCUGACCGGUGAGAUCAUCGUCUACACCAAGGGCGCCGACUGCGUUAUCAUGGACCUGCUGGAAGACCCAGCCUGCGUGACUGACACUAAUGUGGAAAAGAAGAUGAGGAAAAUCCGAGCGCGGACCCAGAGGCAUCUAGACUUGUAUGCACGAGACGGCCUUCGAACACUGUGUAUCGCCAAGAAGGUCUUAAGUGAAGAGGACUUCAGGCGAUGGGCCAAUUUCCGGCGUGAGGCUGAGGCAUCCCUCAACAACAGAGAUGAGCUUCUCAUGGAGACAGCACAGCAUCUGGAGAAUCAACUCACCUUACUCGGAGCCACUGGGAUUGAAGACCGGCUGCAGGAAGGUGUUCCAGACACCAUCACUGCUCUGCGGGAGGCUGGGAUCCAUCUCUGGGUCUUGACUGGAGAUAAGCAGGAGACUGCGGUCAACAUCGCCUAUGCCUGCAGACUCUUAGACCAGACAGACACCGUUUACUCCAUUAACACAGAAAGUCAGGAAACCUGUGACUCCAUCCUCAACUUGGCACUGGAAGAGGUAAAGCAAUUUCACGGACCUCUGAAGCCAGACCGCAAGCUCUGUGGGUUCUGCCUGCCUUCUGCGACACCACCCCCGACCUCAGGAGCUGCAGCUCCAGAUGUUGGGCUGGUCAUCGAUGGGAAGACACUGAGUGCCAUUUUCCAGGGGAAGCUGGAGGAGAAAUUUCUGGAGCUGAGCCGGUAUUGCCGCUCUGUCCUGUGCUGCCGCGCCACCCCGCUGCAGAAGAGCAUGUUGGUCAAGCUGGUGCGGGGCAGGCUGGGAGUCACGACCCUUUCCAUAGGUGAUGGAGCAAAUGAUGUAAGCAUGAUUCAAGCUGCUGAUAUUGGGAUUGGAAUAUCUGGACAGGAAGGCAUGCAGGCUGUCAUGUCCAGCGACUUCGCUGUCUCCCGCUUCAGACACCUCAAGAAGCUACUGCUUGUGCAUGGCCACUGGUGUUACUCGCGCCUGGCCAGGAUGGUGGUAUACUACUUCUACAAGAACGUGUGCUACGUCAACUUGCUCUUCUGGUACCAGUUCUUCUGCGGUUUCUCCGGCUCCACCAUGAUUGACUACUGGCAGCUGAUCUUCUUCAACCUCUUCUUCACUUCCUUGCCUCCUCUUGUCUUUGGAGUCCUCGAUAAAGACAUCUCUAUGGAAACACUCCUGGCGUUGCCGGAACUGUACAAGAGCGGCCAGAACUCCGAGUGCUAUAACCUGCUGACUUUCUGGAUCUCCAUGGCGGAUGCGUUCUACCAGAGCCUCGUCUGUUUUUUUAUCCCCUACCUGACCUACAAGGACUCUGAUAUCGAUGUCUUUACCUUUGGGACACCCAUCAACACCAUCUCCCUUGCCACAAUCCUCUUGCACCAGGCAAUGGAAAUGAAGACCUGGACUUUCAUCCACGGGCUUGUUCUGGCAGGCAGCUUCCUGAUGUACUUUGUGGUGUCCCUGCUGUACAAUGCCAUCUGCGUCACCUGCAACAGCCCCACCAAUCCCUACUGGGUGAUGGAAGGCCAGCUCUCAGACCCCACUUUCUACCUGGUCUGCUUCCUCACACCGGCCGUGGCGCUUCUCCCAAGGUACUUUUUCCUGACUCUACAAGGGACAUAUGGGAAGUCUCCAAUCCUAAGAGCUCAGAAAAUUGACAAACUCCCCAUGGACAAGAGAGAGCUGGAAAUCCAGAGCUGGAGAAGCCACCAGAGGCCUGCCACCAUCCCCGGAGAGGCCCAGCCCAUCAACCGUCUCCGGCCGCCUGCCUCAGACCAGAGCACCCCAAAGAACUCGAGCCCCGCCAAGCAGAGGGACAAGGAGGACUGGGUACUGCCUGGAGAGAGAUGCAGCAGAGACCACACAAGGGACGACCCAUACUCAGGGGACUCCUGGGCUACAUUCUCAUCUGGGGAGCACCUGCUCUUGGAGCCUAGUAGGAUGCUGGCAUCCGGAGCCUACUCAAGUGGACAGACUAACUUGAACCGGCCCUUCAGCCGGGGCAGCCACCGCCGAUCCCAGAGCUCACUGACCAUAUGA